AAGACGGGGCAGAGCGCUGCCAUGAUGGUUUCAUCUAGGUGGGCUGAGUGGCAGGUCUCUCGGCGACCGGAAGAGUGAGGCCGGGAGGUAUGGGUUGGGCGCCGCCAUGUCAACCUGACACCGGAAAAGGCGGGUCUCUUCUCUGACUGAUCGGCCUGAACUCGCCUGGAGAUGCAGGCAGCCCUGGAAGUCACUGCUCGAUACUGCAGCCGGGAGCUGGAUCAGUAUGGCCAGUGUGUGGCCGCCAAGCCAGAGUCCUGGCAUCGGGACUGUCACCACCUUAAGAUGAGCAUUGCUCGCUGCACAUCCUCCCACCCCAUCAUCCGCCAGAUCCGCCAGGCCUGUGCUGAACCAUUUGAAGCCUUCGAGGAGUGUCUUCGCUUGAAUGAGGCGGCUGUUGGCAACUGUGCGGAACACAUGCGCCGCUUCCUGCAGUGUGCUGAGCAGGUGCAGCCGCCAAGUUCACCCACACCUGGAGAGGCACAGCCUCUCCCUGCCUCCUGAAGACCCCCGUGGACUCUGAGGAAACUGGGCACCAGUGACCCCACUUGAUGUCCUCAUCUAGAAGAGUGACAUUUUGGAGUCCUGAGGGCUCUGGUGUGGGUCUGGCCUUCCUGGACUCGGAACUCUAAAUAAAUAAAGACUGAGUACUGGA